AUGGCUACUUCAUCCACAGAUUCAUCUAAACAAUGUAUGCAUGGACAAGCUGGUAAUAGUGAUUGGAAAUUACCACGUCUUAUAGCAGCAUGUGACAAAAAAGCACGAGCAGAUGUUUAUGGUACGAUUGAUGCUAGUGAAUAUUUAGAUGCCGAUAAUGUACUUGAUGCUAAACUUGAUAUAGUUGUAUCAUUAAUUAAAAAAAGUCAACAAUUUGUUGUUUAUACUGGUGCUGGUAUUUCAACAUCAUCUGGUAUUGGUGAUUAUGCAUCAAAAGCACCGAAUUCAAUAGUGAUGCGUGAAACAAGUGUUAAUCGUUUAAAAGCUGUACCAACAUUGUCUCAUUAUGUACUUGCCGCACUUGAAAAGAAAAAUUUUCUUAAACAUUGGGUACAGCAAAAUCAUGAUGGUCUUGCUCAACGUGCUGGAUAUCCACAAGAAAAAUUAAAUGAAAUUCAUGGUUCAUGGUUCGAUAAAAAGAAUCCUGUAGUUUUAAUGGAUGAUGACCUUAAACCUGAUUUACAUGAAUGGUUGCAAGAAUGGGCCAAAAAAUCUGAUCUCGUACUUGCUAUGGGCUCAUCAAUGUCUGGUAUGGCAGCAGAUAGGAUUGCAACGAGAGUAGCUGAAAGAGAAGGAACACUUGGUUUAAUUAUUAUUAAUCUACAAAAAACACCACAUGACCAUCUUGCAAC